CAUGCAGGUCUAUUUGUUGGCUUGCAGGGUGACAUAACUGGCAGGAAUUCCUUCACAUCAAAGAACUGUAUAGCAGAGACUUGUCCAGCCACAUGGAGGCCUUGUUAACCCCUGUUAGUGUUGGUGAGGGAAGAGGAGGUUAUUCAUGAGCGUCCACUAAUGAGAGGAACAACGGCAGCGUACAUGUUAGUGAAGCUGCUUUGAGACGCUGCAACCAUGGCUGCUACUGGAUCUUUCCGUAUGGUAUCAGAGGAUGAGCAGGCCAUGAGGUCUAAGCUGGAGCAUUUGACAGUGAAGGAUCAUGGGCCGGUGUUUGGGCCGUGCCACAAACUGCCUGGACACACCGUGCAAAAGGCGAAGGAUGAGCUGAGUGAGACGGAGGAGAGCCGGGCGUCGUCACUGAAGGACCUGCGGGCCGUGAUGAAGGAGAGAGCAGCGGAGGGAGACGACCUGGCCAAGCUGGUGCUGGAGCGCUUCGGUGACAAACCGGACUCUCUGCUGCUGCGCUUCCUCAGAGCUCGCAAGUUUGAGGUUGUCAGAGCCCACGAGCUCAUGAAGGGUUAUGUGCGCUUCAGGAAGGAGUAUCCCGAGCUGUUCGAGAACCUGACGCCGGAGGCGGUCCGCAGCACCAUUGAGGCGGGUUACCCUGUGGUUCUGCCCAGCAGGGACAAGUACGGCCGCGUAGUGCUGCUCUUCAACAUCGAGAACUGGGACCUGGAGGAGAUCACAUUCGAUGAGAUCUUAAGAGCGUACUGUGUGAUCCUGGAGAAGCUGCUGGAGAAUGAAGAAACCCAGAUUAACGGCUUUGUCCUGAUUGAGAAUUUCAAGGGCUUCACCAUGCAGCACGCCUCGGGAAUAAAGCCGGCUGAGCUCAAGAAGAUGGUGGACAUGCUGCAGGACUCUUUCCCUGCCCGUUUCAAGGCGGUCCACGUUACCCACCAGCCCUGGUACUUCACCACCACGUACAACGUGGUCAAACCGUUCAUGAAGAGCAAGCUGCUGGAGAGGGUCUUUGUUCACGGUGACGAGCUGAACAAUUACAUCAAAGAAUUCGACGCAGACAUCCUUCCGUCAGAUUUUGAUGGGAAAGCCUCCGUCACAGACUGCCAGGCCAUCGCCACCAAGCUUUUUGGCUCUGAAGACACCGCUCUCUGAAAGAACCUCCCAUUUCAAACCCAAGAGUUAUAGUGUCCUUCGCCCCUAGAUGCUUCUUUUGUGAUCAGAUCAGGUCUAUUGUGAAGCUAGGUUGACAUUUUUGUAUUAUUAUUCAGGCAGUUCCUACGUUGGCAAAAAGAAGUAUCUAGAGUUAGGAGCAGGGGAUGGUUUACAAAUGAGUAUGGUGAUAUAAAUGGGAAAGAAAAAGGAUGUUUAGAUGUUAAAGAGAGAAUUAUUGAUGGUAAAUAUUUGUUGUUUUACAGCGCUGACAGUCAUUAUUACUUUACAAGCAGAGGGAAAACCAGAGAGUUGAUAAUGUGAGUCAGUUUGGUUUGAAUUAUUCGCCUUAAGAAUGAAUUUCACAUCACACAGAGCAGCCUUAAGCCUCCGAUCCUGUCAGUGGAAUGAGAACAGAAGUGUCUCACAGUCUCAGGGGUUUAGAACGAUAUGAAGAGGGAUCAUGAUAAUGGAUUAAUGGAUACGCCUGCAUUUGAUGAUUGUUUCAGGAGCAGCAGCCUCCUGAUGCGGUGCCACAUAGAAACAGUUCUUUGUCUCAACAGCCUUGUUGAAGUUGUGACUCUCAGAUGCCUGAUGUACCACAAACAUCCAGUCUGCUAUUUGAACUGGAUUGGGAAACUUUCAAUUAAAUUGAGCUUUUUGUGCCUGUAGUUUUA